CAGGUCAAAACACGACUUUGUCGAUUGUAAAUCGCACUUCUCUCCUGCUAUCUGCAGACGACGUCGUUUAGGCGCUCCGAACUCUUUUGUCAGUUCAGUUUGAAGUCUUCUUCAGGCGGAUGAUGCCGCAAAAUCGAGAUUGUAGAGAGAGAAAUUAAACAUUUAUCAAUUCGAUUUCCCGUUCCUCCUCAUUUCGAUUACAGGGUUUCAGGGAAACAAAAUAAAUAAUAUAACAUGUCGAGAUUUCGUGGAUUGUGGCGAGCUUCCGUUGACGCAACUAAAAAAGCACUGACAUGGAACCUCGAAGACUUGGUUCCUCCAAGCGAAAGAUAUAUCUACAAAUUCAAUUCAAAAGACGAGCUAAAGCGAUGGCAUUUGUAUUCCGAUUCUGAAUAUGGAGGUAUGUCAUCAGCGUCUUUGGAGAUAAAAGAGUCUGCUAAUGGAUCAAGUGGUACUGGUUUAUUCUCUGGAAACCUUUCAUUGGACGUCGAUGAAGGUUCAAAGUGGAAUAUAAGUAGAAGUGGCUUCUGUGGAAUGAGAUCUAAGAGGUUUGAUGGGUUCAUUGAUUUGGAUGCGUACGACACAUUAGCCCUAAAACUUAAAGGAGAUGGGAGAUGCUAUAUUUCGACUAUUUAUACAGAGAAUUGGGUGAAUUCUCCUGGACAAGAGGAAGAUAACUCGUGGCAGGCAUUUGUUUUUGUGCCCAAAGACAGCUGGUAUAUUGCAAAGAUUCCCCUUGCCCGAUAUCUGCCUACGUGGAGAGGUAAUGUCAUAGAAGAAAAUCUGGAGAUGAACCCAGCUAGAGUUGUCGGCAUGUCUCUGUCGGUCAAUGCCGAAGGUGGUGUGCCAGGUGCUAUUACUGGCCCAGGCGAUUUUCAACUCGAGAUCGAUUGGAUUAGAGCUUUGAGAACCGAGGAUUAACCGAAUCACUGCUUAGAGACACACACACACUAGUAGAAGAAGAAUAAUAAGCUUACAAUUGGAGUGAAUGUUGUGGAACUGCUUACAGUAAGAUUACACAUUUCGAUUAAGUCCGAAAGAUUCAUGUUUUAAGGUAACGAAUUCGGUGUUCUUUAUCUUUGUCUUCAGUUUAUCCAACCAUGCCGAACUGAAAUUCUAUUCGUAUAACAAGUACUAAUCUUCAACACCAAUAGGCCUUGUUUGGGAACAUUGAUAAAGAUUUUGAUUGCAUUGGAUUA